UUUUCAGUGCACAUGUGAACACACACACACACACACACACACACACACACACUCUCUCUCUCUCUUCCAUCUCAGAGAAACUAUGGAGCAGAAGGAGAGCCCGAUGCGCCUGAGGGAGUGGCUCAUCCGCCAGAUCGACAGCGGCCAGUUCGCCGGGCUGAGCUGGGAGAACGAGGAGAGGACCGAGUUUAAGAUCCCGUGGAAACACGCAGCGAAGCAGGACUACCGGCAGAACCAGGACGCAGCGCUCUUUAAGGCAUGGGCAGUGUAUAAGGGGAAGUACCGUGAGGGCCGUGACAGAGCUGACCCCUCAGCAUGGAAGACUCGGCUCCGCUGUGCUCUCAACAAGAGCUCUGAGUUCCAGGAAGUUUCUGAACGCAGCCAACUGGACAUCUCUGAACCAUAUAAGGUGUACAGGAUAGUGGAGGAUACACACACAGAAUCUGUCAUGAGCUCAGGAAAGGGCAAAGCAUUCAGUGAAGUUCAUGGUCAGGAUGUACUGCACAACAACUCAAAUAACAGCAGAGUAUCAGAAGAGAUACCAGCAGAUGGCAGGUUGCAUUUCUCAAGCAACAACAAUGUUGGUGGUUAUGACAGACCUGCAAAUCUUUCUGUCGCUCUGUUCACAACAUGGUGCCCCAUUUCAGACUUCCGACUCCUCGUGUCUGUGUUCUAUCAUGGCCAACUGGUUCAGGAAUUGAUCACCUCGUCUCCAGAGGGAUGUUUUAUCCUGCAGGGUUCAGCACCGGUGGGGAACGAACGUAUUUAUGGCCCAUGUGCAGCUCACACGCUGUCCUUCCCUCGCCUAGACACUCUGUCCCUCCCACCGGGCAUCGCCGAGGCCAUGAGCCGCCUACUGCCUCACCUGGAGAAAGGUGUGUUAGUGUGGGUCGCCCCUGAUGGAGUCUUCAUCAAACGCUUCUGUCAGGGACGAGUGUACUGGGACGGGCCACUUGCCCAACACACACUCCAACCCAACAAACUGGAGAGAGAAAGGACGUGCAAACUGCUCGACAUCAGCGUCUUCCUGCAGGAGUUACAUCAGUACCUGCAGUCGGGGGGGCCGGGACCACGCUAUGUGAUUGACCUGUGUUUUGGGGAGGAGUUUCCUGACAAAAAUCAACCCAAGAGCAAAAAACUCAUUACAGCACAGGUGGUGCCCCUGUUUGCAAAGGAGCUGGUUGAAGGUCUCCAGACACAAGAUCCUGAACUGAAAUUCAGUCUGAAAUCAGAAGCACAGAAAUGAAAUCCACCCCUCCAUCCAUUCCUCCGUCCCUCCAUCCAUCCAUCCAUCCAUCCAUCCAUCCAUCCAUCCAUCCACCCCCCUCUUCAUCCCUCCAUCCCUACCUCCAUCCAUCCAUUAUCUGUCACAGUAGAUAUAAACACACCCUACACACUCCAGCAAAAACAUUACUGUUUCUUUCAACAAUUUUCUCUCAUUACAGUUUAAGAGUCAAACUUUAGAAUGAUGAACCAAAUCACAGCAGAGAAAAAGGAAAACAGCAUCAUGCUAACUAGUGGUUAACAUUCUUAGCAUGUUUAAAUGUAUUAACUCAGAAUCAACCAUGUACCACACUCUGCUAAAUGUUGCUAUCAAUAAAUUAUAGAUUUUACCAGUAAAAAUGAGCAAAAUGCAAAGUUACCAGCAGUCAAGUUUCCUUAAGUAGCUAACAACCAAUUAGCAUUUUACUAAUAAAAUCAAUUAUUAUUAGCCUACAUAGCAUGUUUGAACAAUGCUCUUAUGCAAUAUUUCAAUUAUCAUUUAAAGUCAAUAACAACUUUGAAAAGUAAUUUUAAAUGUAAUUUUAUUACAGUAAAUAAAAAUGAAAUGCAAUAAUUACCUUGUACAAUAUUUUGGUAAAAAAGAAUGCUAACAUUGCUAAGAAUACAAGAAAGUGGAUACCAGUGAAAUAAUGCUAAUUGUGGGUACUAGCUUUGAUUCAUUGUUACCCAUGUUAGCAUGCUUGUUAGUUACAUAGAAUUAAUUAUGCUAAUUUGAAAGUAGCAUUUCAUUCAGCAAAAAAAAGCUAAUGCUGUUAAACGUAAAGGAAAACACAAGCAGCCAAAAGUAUACAAAUGCUAUUACGCUAAUUCUGAGCACUAGCUUCACCUCGAAAUACUUGGAUUUGAUCUUCUGUAGGCUAUCAAUAAUAAAAACCAAAUGACUGUUAGCACGACCAAAUGAAUAAUGAGAUACUAGUUCUAAUUUAUUGCUAACCAUGUUAGCAUGUUAGUUUCUCUGAGGAAAUUCACUUUGGUUUUAUUUUUGAACAUUUUUCUGCUAUUUUUUUUUUUUUUAGUUUUGCUGGGUUUAAAGAGUGUCUCAGAGGAAACUUGUUUAUAGCUGUAAAUAUUGUUUAAAACUGUUUAAAGGCAAAUGAGUUCAGGGUGUAAAAUGUUAAUGUUGGCAAUUAUGGAAAUAGCAUCGUGCUCAGAAUAAAAGUUUAAAAUUAUUUCGCUAUGUAAACUUACUGGAACUAAUGACACUUAUUUAAAGACUUUCGUUCAAAAUAUAUACAAAAAAGACUAAAUGUCGCUAACAAAUAGGAAACAGUUUGUAUGAGGCAAAUGUGAUGCUUACAGCUGUUGUACAAGCAGAUCUACUCUGUGUACAAGCUAAUAGAAAGUUAGCCAUGUAUUUGAAAUAUGCUGUAGAAUUAACUACAAUUUUUAAAAGAAUAUAUCAUCCAAAGAAUGUCACUGCGCUCAAAACAACUAAAAGUAUCAUGCUAAUUUUGACCAAUACUUCAUGGAAGUAUCUGUGCUCAUUUUGAAGGAAUAUUUAGCUCAAAGUAUUGCAUUGAUGAUGUUUUAGAGAAAAUAUAACUCCCACCAGAAAAACAAACAAACAAACAAACAAACAAACAAACAAACAAAAGUUUAUUUCAGCAUCUGAGAAGAAAAUAUGAGUUUUUGGGGGAAUUUUGGGAGUCUCCAGUCAGCUCCCACUUCAGUUCUCCAACUAAACCAAGAAUCCAAAGAAAUACAUUCUGCUCUUUAAAGUAGUUUAUAUUUCAGUUGAUAAUAAGUUGCAGCUGAUAAAUUUAUUCAGUACAAGUACAGAUUCGAAAUAUAAGCACAGCUAGCGCCAGCUAAUAUAAGAUAAAAACUACAGCCUCUGUCUUGUAAAUAAAAAUACAAUGUAUGAACACUUUCAGGUUAGAAUAAUCUGAAUUUUUUUUUUUGUGAUGUGAAUGCGGAAUUGAAUUAAAGGUGCUGACUGCAAAGUCAUCUGAAAUUUAAUUUUUUUUUUUUUUUAAUUGCACAUAGCAUUUUCCGGUCCCACAAGAACAAUAUCAUGCAGACGAGAUGUGAUCAUUUGAUGUGCUGAGUGUCACAUUUCCCCAUUUUGGGACCGUUUUCCUCCCUCUUGAGGUAAACAGUACGGCUCUCCAGAAACAGCCGAGCGUGAGGAGCUUUAACUAAUUACCGUAACUAUGGAACUGUGUUACACCAAGAUGGCGACGCAUGGAAAACAUCAUGACUCUGCAUCGACCUCAGAGAGUUCUGAGUCACAGGGAUCUAAUCUGUGGCUGACGUUUGCGAAUAGAUCCGUGAAACAAAAGACGAAUACAUGUUUUCUCUGUUACUGCUUUUGUGUUUUUGUUUCUUUCUCUGUAAGAUCAAAAGAUUAGGUGUAGAACUCCAUACCCAGACUCACCAAUCCAAGACAAGCGCUGCAGAUUCUUCGUCAGAUUUCGCGCCCGUUUCAUCCUUCAGUCGACUCCAGCGCUCGAUCUGUCCCUUCACAACAACCUUUAGGUUUCCAUCGCUUUUCUCACACACUUUCUAGCUGAUUCAUUUUCAUAUUUUCCUUUUCUUUUCCGCUGGCUUUUAGCUGGAGGGAGAGCCGAGUCCACCAUGUUUGCCCACGCCGACUUGUUUUGGUUAAAAGUAGAUCAGACACGCCCCACGGUGGUCACAUGAUAUUGUUGCUCACUUGCUUUGGCAAUUUCCGGAAUCGUAAAAUGUGGUCUGCUUUUUAUCUCGGCAAAACAUUUACACACAGGAUACACAGUGUGUGUGUGUGUGUGUGUGUGUGUGUGUGUGUGUGUGUGUGUGUGUGUGUGUGUGUGCAGCAGCGCAGCUCCUCAAUUUCAACUCAAAUCAAUGCUAAACAUCUCAAAACUCCAACAGUGAUAGAAACAGAACAUUUUUGCCCAGAACUCAACUCUGCAGUCAGCACCUUUAAAUCCAUGAGCAAACUUGCAUCAUGCUAAUGGUAUUGCUAAUUUUGACUAGUUGUUAGCCACCUUAGCAUGUUAUUCAUUGUAGAGUGCCAAAAAGAGGGUCUUACCUCUGCCUUAUCUACUCUAUGUGGCUUUUUAAAUCAGUUUAUUAUGUAAAAUUGAUCAAACAGGCAGCUUGGGCUCAGAUUUCAGCUUUUUGGGAAUGUAGCCUUGACUCUUUUUUUUGUUUGUUUCUUUAAUUGCUUUUCUUUAUAAUCAUGCCAUGCAAACUAAAAAAAAAAAAACUGUGAAAUUUUUUUCUGCUAACAUGAGAUGAAAUCUGAAUAUAUUUUUCUAAUGCCAUUAGCAUCUCAUGUAUUUAUUCAAUAAAUAAUCAGUCAUUU